GAAGAAGACGACUCUGCGAGGCGUCACUUCCGGUUUAGAGAAGAGCCACCGGACGACAAAAUGGAAGGAAAAAACAAUGUAGAUGACCUGGACGCUCGCCUUCAACUUCUCGAACAACGCGUUUACGGCGAAAGAGCUGGAAAAACCAAUAAGCCAGUGAAGUGUGCCGAAUCCCUCACGAGGAUCAGUGCUGCCCUGGCAAACACGGCCAACAAAAGAGAGCGAGUCAAGAUCCUCCACAAGAAGAUUGAAGAUUUGCUGAAGUACUUGGACCCCCAGUUCACAGACUUCAUUGCCGUGCCGGAUGCAAUGAAACUAGAGUUUAUUCUAGCAGAGGAAGAGUUUUUGCGAUCUCAAGCCACAUUAUUGGAGCAGGUCCACGAUCUGCAGCCUCUUCUGGACAGCAACCACAUAAAAGCGGUUCCAGAGCUGACCACCAAAGUGCAGCGGUUGUCACAAAUCCACAUUCAACAGCAGGACCAGAAUGAAGAACUAUCUGCUGAAGUGAAGAAGCUGUUUGAAGAAUACAACAAAAUGAUGUUUCUUUUAUCGAAACAGUUCUCCCAGUGGGACGAAACCCUCCGGAAGCUGGAAGGACCCAAGCAAGGCCAGCAGACGGACUAGGACGCUCGUUCUUCGCACGCUUCACUAAAUCAGCUUCACUGUCGUUCCUAAACGUAGCUUGUUUAUAAGUGAGUGUUGUCUCCGUCUACACUUUGAGUCAUUAUGUACCGAUACGGUCAACUUACUGUAUUAUAAGUAAUAAUAUGCUCAUUACACUUGAGUUUACAAAAACAUUUCUCUGCUUGGAAAGCGUAUUGCAACCUUUCUCCUCUACGUAAACUCAUUUUGCUUUUUAAUUUAUUUAUUCCGACAAUUGUGAGGAAUGCUGUGCGUAUAAGGCGGGGUUUUUUUUUACCGCCUUUAGAAAAGUUUCACUACUAAUCAUAAAUAAAAGAAGGUGCCACUGUA